AUGCUUCGGGACACUCAGCAAAUGAUUAGACUGAACAAAACGCGUACGGUUCGCUUUUGCUGUCAAGGCUAUGAGGGCAAUCUUUCGGACAGCCAGGCCAGCUGCCGUCCCAUUUGUCGCGGCGGCUGUGGGCGUGGCAAUUGCCUUAUGCCCGAUAUAUGCAGCUGCGAGGAGGGCUACACCGGCAAGCACUGCACGCAGCGCUGUGAUCACGAUCGCUGGGGCCUCGACUGCAAGAACUCAUGCCAGUGCCAAAAUGAUGCCGUAUGUGAUAAUAAAUCAGGAGGUUGCCAUUGCAUAGCCGGCUGGGCUGGUCAGCUCUGCGAGCAGCCGUGUCCACCGGGCACACAUGGCGUCAUGUGCCGCAAAGUCUGCGAGUGCCCAGAGAAACGCUGCCAUCCACAGACGGGCGAGUGUCUGGGCCCGGAAAGCUUAGAAGCCGUCAACGUCAAUCAUGUUGUGCUGGAGACAAUCAACUCGACCAUGGCGAACCUAACACACAAUAUAAACAACAUUGCCAAGCGCAUUGGCAGCAUGUCUGAGAGCAGUCACGUUCAGGUGACGCCCAGUGCUUUGCCGGAGGUCAUAUUGAUCAAACAGCCCGUGCAGGAGGCAGCGCACACGCCCAAGAUCAUCUUGCACGAGUCCAGCAAUGCUCUGCUCGAGAACUUGCAUACAGCUGCAGCAGCGGGUGUGCCCACGCCAGAGGUCAUCCAUGUAAUCACAAGUUCUGGCGGCGUCGGGGGCAGCCAGGAUCGGGCACCGCAACUGAAUUUGGCUGGCUUUGCGGCCGGAGAGAGUAAUCCGAGUCGCAGUGCUCACGAUCACGACUCCAGCCUAUUGAGCACUCUGAUUGUCAUGCUGCUCAUGCUGAUGAUCGUCAUCAUAUUGGGCUUCAUCUACGUCUACAGGCGGCAGCAUUUGCAGAAAGAGGCCGUCAUCUACAAUGCCAAUGGCACGUUCAGCAACGCCCAGCCACAUGGACAUGUCACUCCGGAAGUGGUGAUCAGUAGUGAUACGGGGAAAAUCUUUCAUGGACCAUUGCCAAAGCCGCCGGCCAUCUUACCCACCAAUCAAACCCAACCGAACGAGGCAUCUUUGCCUGAUCUUUAUGACACGCCCAGCAAUAACUCUUCGAUUACAACUCAGCCCUAUGCCUAUGCACGCAAGGAAUCUCUGUAUUCGGUCGUAUCCCCCAAGUCGCGCAAAGGCAGCCUCGAUUCGCAUCUAUACGAUGAGAUACGAUAUCAUCAACAGCAGCAGCAUCACCACCAGCACCACCAUCAGUUGCAGCAGCAGCAGCAACAGCUACAACCACAUUCACACCACUCAUCUCAACCACAUGCCUCGCAGCAGUCACGCUAUCAGCAUUCAACCACGGCAACUGCCUUUCUGGCACCACCGCAGCCACUGCGCCAGAGCAAUGGACGGGUGCACCACCACCAGCACAUAUCCAGCACCACCAACAGCGGCUCACAUGUUUCCCACUUGAUCAUUCCGCCACAAAACUCCAAUUUCCUGCAGGUGCCCAGCCAGAUUGGAACGCAUAAAAUUGCCCAUUUGUAAAUUUUACAGGCA